AUGCCGAGUACUAACGUCGACCUUCCAUUUGGACUACUCUGGAGCAGUUCCAACGGUCAGGCACUGCCCUUCGGUCGUGUGUCGCAAUUCUCGAGUUCGGAUAGUCUUUCUCUCGAACACGUACCCGCCGAAUCUGAACAUGUCGAAUCUCCGGGUCCGCCGCAGCCGCUAUACGAAGUCUUUCCAGAACCGAAGAGGGAGAGGCGGGUGCGUUUCUGGAAGAAGAAACGGAAGACAUUCGUUGUUCGCGGAGGGGGAGGCGCUGAGCCCGUCGCUACUAUGGUCUGGCACAAAUUUCGUCCACCGAGGGUAGAGAUGAACGAGAGGCCGUAUGGUAACCCAUCCAAACGCGCUACCAUUGCGUUCAAGCGAGACUGGACUCUGCGAGAACCACUUCGUCAGACAAGGUCUGUGCUUGUGCAUAACACUGAUGGACGCGAGUAUACGUGGCUCCUUGAUGAGAAUAGUCGAGGGCUGAGCGACGCCUUCGUAUUAGAGCUCGUUCCUUCUAUGAAUGGGAUACCAAUCGUUCGAGGCCAGCAGCACGAUCAUCUGGCAAUACUCACCUUUGAAGACGAUGACCCCCCGCACGAUCCACCAAGCUUUGCACGUCGGCCACGUCUCAACCGCGCGUUCCUGACCAUUAGAGUUGCUGAAGAAGACGAGGCCAAGAUACGGACAACCUGCGAUCUGUGCGUCGUAUCGGUCCUGUUUCUUCUUGCCCAGAUGAAAGAGCGAUUGGAACCUCGUCUGGGCGGCGCGCCCAUUAUAAACUCCCCGCCGGCGGGACCCCGAUUGCUUAGUCCCCUGCGAGAUCUGUACGAUAUGAUCACACUCCCUCUGCGUCCCUCCCUUGAAACCCCACACCAUGUAACUGUAACACCUGCUACACCUCCUGCUCAUUGA